AUGUUAGCUGGACAAGGCCGUCGGAUAUCACAAAUACCAGAUUUGGAGCCCAAAUCCAAGCAUUUUCUAGGCCCGCCGCCGGCUUCCCUUAUUGGAAAAGUUUAUUUUUAUUCUUAUCAUGGAAAAUAAAGGAGAAAAUAGAGAUUCCUCUUGCAAAUUAGUCACUUCUCUUUCAUAAUGAGAAACGCCAGAGUGGUCCCUAGAGGGGUGAGGGAAAAAUAGUCCCUAUAGGGGACAAAAUAGGGCUCCCUAGAGAGGUUAUAUUUAGGGGAUAGGUGGUUGAGGUUUGGCUUUUAGGCCCCUAAAGCUUAAGUGGUCCUUAUAGUGGUGUUUAAAAUUUUAGUUAAAUGUGAAAAUUGAAUAAAACUAGAGUUCAUAACAAAUAGCGUGCUCCCCUUGAGUGGCCACUAAGUAAAACCCCUAUGGUGACCCCUUUUGCAAGCUCAAGUGGCCCCUAGAGGGUAACCUUUGAGAAUUUUCGGUUCAUAUUUACGUCGCGGUGUAUUGUGGCCAAUACAGCUGACCGCACAGGCAGGAAUUUUUAUUUUUGGUAACGCCGCUUGCUUGCCCCUCUAGGGACCACUCUGACGCCUCUCCUUCAAAGAAUUCAAGUGAUUAUUCAUUUUCCAGGUCAAAUAUUACUACGACAAGUACCGAUGUCGCCACUUUGCCCCCUUCAUUUUAUUAGUUCUUUAUUCGGUUUUCGGCGCCUGGAUGUUCUACGUCAUUGAACAUGACUAUGAGAAGGACGUCAAAGCGUCAGUUUUCAUAGAUUUUGUCAAUUUAGUUGAAUUAGGAUGAAUAAAUGGUUCCAGAAAAGAAGCGGUCGAUUUGCGGAGUUUGAGAAAUGAUACGUAUCAUCGGAUAGCGCGGAUGGUUCGACAGGGCAACUAUGCAAACGCCAAUUAUGGGUAAUUUUGAUCUUCAGAGGAGAACAAAAAAAAAAAACAAAUUGAAAGACCCUAUAGGGACCACUUAACCUUUAGGGAUUAAAGGGGUCAGACCUUAAACCCCUAUAGUGAUCACUUUUUAGGCCCCUGAGGCUUGUUUUCCUUUUACCCCUAAAGGGACCACCUUGAUUUUAAUCCUAUAGGGGCCAAUUUUUAGGACCCUAUAGGGGCUGUUUUCACCCUAACCCCUAUAGGGACCACUCUGAAAUUUCUAGGUAGAAAAUUUUUGAGUUUUUUCUAGAUUGUCCAAAUGGUCGUUUCAACGUUUAGGAGUUCAGCGAAGGGUCUGAAUUUUGAUUAAUUUUUGAGAAAGGGUCAGAAAUUUGUAAUGAAUUACAGUUUUUUUUUGUAUUUAAAGGCCUUUUAAAGCUCAUUUCUUCCAAAUUUGGUCAAUUUUAUAUAUCCUGAACAUUUCAGGGUAUGUUUUUCUAGAAGUUUAUGGAGGGAUUUAUUUCGAUUUUCAAACAAUUUCGAGAUUACGAUAGCAAUCUUUUGGGCUGAAAUUUUUUUAUUUUUAAGUUAUUUUCUAGAUUUUUCAAAUGGUCGUUUCGAAAUUUUAAGGGUCCAGAAAGGGAAUCUGAAUUUUGGUGAACCACAGCCUUUUAGUUGAUUUUUUUCAGGCCUUUUAGAGAUAGUUUCUUCCAAAUUUGGUCAUUUUUUGAUUUUCAGCUUAUUUUCUAGAUUUUUCAAAUGGUCGUUUCAAAAUUCAAGGGUCCAGAAAUGGAGUCUGAAUUUGAAUGAAUCACAGUCUUUUAGUUGAUUUUUUUGAAAUUAGUUUCUCACAAAUUUUGUAAUAUUUCCUGAACAUUUCAGGGUAUGUUUUCUAGAAGUUAUGCAGGGAUUUAUUUCGAUUUUCUAGAAAUUCCGAGAAUUUUGAUAGCAUUUUUUGGGGUUUUUAUGAGUCGAUUGUGAACAAUUUUUUGUUGGAGAAAGUCAGAGAAGAACUGAAGAGAGUCCAGAGAAGUUAAAAAGUCUCUCUUUCUCUGGAGUAUCUUCAGAGUGCGGUGCUAUUUGGGUUUCUUCUCAGCCUUUAGAAUAAAUUUUGACGUUUUCAAGGAUUUUUCAAAGUUUUUCUAUGAUGAAAAUGAAGUGUUUUUCUUUUUCAUAUCUUCCUAUUUUGAACCCUUUAGUGACCUCUUCAUCGACUAUGAAAAGCAGCUUUUGAAAGUGAAGCUGCCGGAUUGCCUCGACUGGGACAUGUGGGGCGCCUUGUUCUAUGUCGGAACGCUUUUCACGACCAUUGGUAUGCUGUAGAGAAUUACGAUAUCAAUCCUGCCGAUUUAUAGGAUACGGUAACAUUGCGCCAAGGACCCACACGGGAAGGGCAUUGUCUGUGGUCUAUGCCAUCAUUGGUGGGUUUUUAGGAAAGAAAAUGAGAUUUUAAGGCUUUUAUGAACGUUUUUAGUAGAUACAAGCCAUGGCGUUUUCGCAAGCUUUCAUUUAAAAAAAAAAAAAAUUUCGUGUGCCAGAGCGCCGCAGUGUGUGCACACGACACAAUACACUUUACGAAAAAAAAAUAAAAUGUCGCCAAAAAAGCUUCUAAUCGAGUGGAAAAGUUGAUUUUUAGCUUCAAAAUGAGCAGAGUUAAAGAUUUUCAUACUUUUCUGCUUUUUUGGUCAAGUUAGAUCCAUCACAAUCAGAAUCCUAGCUUUUGAAGCUCAUAAAUUUAAAAAAAACUUAUUGAAAAUCGUAGGAAUCCCAUUGGUCCUGGCGAUUCUAUCCCAAUUCGGCAAGGUUUUGACGAAUUGGGUCUCGAAUAUGUGGCUCCGCUACCGUCAUCACAUCAAGGAAGCUUCAAGGAAAACGACGAGUCGAUUGAGGAGAAAGCCCAAGUUGGUAUUGGUGACAAAAUGGGCUUGGGAACUUGGGGCCGUUUCUCGGAUUUUCAUGAUUUCAUGAAUGAAAUUACAUUUUUUGGACUUUGGAGGGCUUUUGUAAGAUAAAAUUGACCUUUGGAACUCCAGAGUGGCCCCUAUAGGGGCAACUUUAGGGACCACUUUAUGAAGCCCUAUAAGGGCCAAUAAAGCUUGCCAAAGUGGUCCCUCUAGGGGACAUGCUAGUCGAUAACUGUCAUGAACUCUAAGCGAAGAAGCAUUUCCAUAGGAUUGAGCGUCUUUUUUGAACAAAAUUGAAAGACCCCUAUAGGGUCCACUUGAGCUUUCAUGGCGAAGGGGUCAGACCCUAAAGCCCUAUAGGGACCACUUUUCCUGUCCUUAUAAGGAUUGUUUUCCCCCUUAGCCCCUAAAGGGACCACCUUGAUUUUAACCCUAUAGGGACCACUUUUCAGGUCCCUGUAGGGGCUUUCUCUAUUCUAACCCCUAUAGGGACCACUUUAAAAUUCCUCAUUAAGAAACUUUUUUCAAACUUUAGGGUAUUUCGUAGAUUAUCGAAAUUUAGAAAUUCAGAAAAGGGUCUGAAUUAUGAUAAACCUUUGAUAAAGACUCUAAACCCCUAUAAGGACCACUUUUUCGGUCCUUAUAAGGGCUUUUCCCCCCUAGCCCCUAUAGGGACCACUCUGGAACUCUUAAGAAAAUGCUCUAGCGACAAAAAGCAACUUUUUUGUUCCACGAUAAAAGAAUUUUCCAGUAAUCGUCGCCAAAGAGCCAUGAAGGACGAAAAAAAGGUUCCCAAUGUGCCGAGGGAUGAAUGGAAAAUAUUUUGAUUUUGGGGAAAAUAUUCGAAUUUUUCGCACUUUGAGAAUCCAAAAGAGGACAGGAUUACCAUGACAAAAAAAAAGGCGUCGCUAGGAACAUGAAAGGAACAUGAAACUAAAAAAAGGCAUCUGAUGAGUCAUCAAUGAUUUUUGAGAUAAUAAUGCCAUUUUUUAGAGCUUUUCAUAUUGUUGUAUAGUGUAGAACGAUCUCUAACACUCCUUUGAGUAUAUAUUUAUCUCACAAAUAUAUAUACACUUAACUACUAUACAAAAAAUCUAGAACAACUAUUCAUUACCAACCAAAUAUUGAGGUAUAAACAUUUUAGGCCGAUAGUGGGUUCUACGCAGAAAUAAUGUACACUAGCGCGCACAUGAGUUGUGUGUAGGUUUACGGGGAUUCCGCAUUCCACAACACAUAUUUUUUUAAAUAUCAUAAGAGCUUCUAUUUUUUUGCACUGCAAAGUCUAGUAGAAAAAAAAUUCCAUCCAAAAAAAUUUUUUUAUUGAUUGUUCAAUUUCACCCGUGAUGGUUACGUUUCAAAGCGGCUAUGAAUAUAAAAUGAUAUAAGAAUGGAUAUUAGGUCCAUAACAUUGGCAAAAAUAGUUAUAAUUUCCAUUGCGAUUCUUUUUUUGGAUGUUGUUGCUUGUUUUCCGAGACGUUUUUUUCGAAUUUUUUUUGUUUUGAAAUUACUUGAAACUUGAAAAGUUUCGAUGAUUUAUUAUUAUAAACAUCUUGAAAAAAAUCGUUCAAACUAAUUUUUACACGUUAAUUUUUCAUCGAAUGAUUUUUUUCAAAAGAUAAUUUUUUUAAUAUAGAAAUAACUUGCUGAUUCUUCAUUUGAAAUUCCACUUAAGGAACGUCAGAGUGGUCCCUAUAGGGGCGACCUUAGGGCCCUUGGAAGGUUCCCUCUAAGGACCACUAAAGCUUGCAAAAUGGGUUCCUAUAGGGGUUUUAGUUGGUGGCCCCUAUAGGGGACAUGCUAGUCGAUAAUUAUUAUAAACUCUAAGCGAAGAAGCAUUUUCAUGGGAAAAAAAGCGUUUUUCGAAUAAAAUUGAAAGACCCCUAUAGGACCCACUUGAGCUUUAGAGGCUUAAUGGUCAGACCUUGAAUCCUCUAUAGGGACCGCCUUGAUUUUACCCCUAUCGGGACCACUUUUUUGGCCCUUAUAAGGGUUGUUUUCCUUCCUAGACCCUAUAGGGACCACUCUGUGUGUGUGUGAUUGGGGGCUUUUUAAAAAAAAAUUUUUUUCCACUUUUUUUCAUGGUUUCUUUUUGACCGAUUUGAAGAUUUGUUUUUUUCAAAAAAAUUGGAACUUCUACGUGAUUUUUCAGAGUCACAAUCGAUGAUAUUGAGAACGGAAAGUAUGAAAAUGUCGACCCGGAGGAUUUGGAAUCGAGGUGAUUUUUUAUUGGAUUUUUCAUCGAUUUCUGCUGAUCUUAACGUCAAAUUUUCAGUUUUGGAGAGAGUUUUUGUGAAAAUUGUGGCUUAUGUGCUCCUGAAAAAUUGAACAGUUUUUUUCAAAAAUUUCAAAAUUGGUUACUUUUUUUGAGACUUUUUAGACAUUAUAGACUGAAAAAAAUAUUGUAUUUGAAAGGAAAAAUAGUGCGAAUUUUUGAUCUUUUUUUCUUCAUUUUUUUCCAAGAUUCUGAUGGGUUUUUAAAGAUGAUUUUUCACUUUAUUUGAAGAAAAAAAUUAAUAAUUCUCAAAAAGUCGGUAAUUUUUCACCAAAAAUGGUUCAGAACCAUUCCGAUUUGGCUGGCUCUCAUGAUCUGCAUCAGUUGGGUGUGUUUCUGCGCCGGACUUUUUCUGGUUUGGGAGAAACGGUGGACUUUUUUCACGAGCCUCUACUUUUUCUGCAUCUCCCUGUCUACGAUUGGGUUGGGUGAGUUUCUGGAUUUUUUGAACUAUGUAGUAAAUUGGAAAUUUCGUUUGAAAAGGCUUUUUUGAUUUUUGAAACUUGAUAUAUUCAGUUAUUUCGUUUUUUUUUUGUUCUGAAAAGAAGUUGGUAGAAACUCAAAUUUCCCAGGCGAUGUCGUCCCGGACCAUCCCCACAUGUUGAUUCUGAUGUUCUGGCUGGUGAUCAUCGGAUUAUCGAUCGUUUCCAUGCUCUUAUCAGUCAUCCAAAUCAAAAUGGAGGAGUGGCUCUACACGUUGAUGAUCCGCAUGCAGGUAUAGCUGAUUCGAGCCAUUGAAAAAUGGGUCCUGACACGAAAAAAAGGAGAUAGUGUCUGAUUGAUGGAGAGCGCAGACAAAAGCUCUUGAGAUUAGUUAUAAAUCAGACUCAGUGAGGAUAAUCCUAGUAGAGCUGAUUCACGGCUGACUUGAACCAUUAAAAAAAUGGGUCCUGACACGAAAAUGAGAGAUAGUGUCUUUUCGGUGGAGAGCGCAGACAGGCCACGCCCCUUUUUGCCUGAAUCGGCUAUAGAGAAUGGGAAAAAAAUGAUAAUUUAGUCCUUCAAUUAUUUUUUUGUAGAAUCCGAAUUUUUUUGACUUUCAUGUGUAUUAAAGAAUUUUUACUGAAAGACUUAACGGAAAUCUUGUUUUUGGCCUAAAGAAGUUGAUUUAUUUUCGUGAAAAAAUUAUCAAUUUCAUUGUAUACUUUGUACUUUGUACUCUUCGAAUAAUAAUAAUAAAAAAAUAAAUAACUGAAUUUUUUCCAGAAAGAGUACCAACGAGCCCUGGCGAGCGGAGAAGACGUCGACAAGGAGGAGAUCAUCAAAAACGUGAUGUCCCAUGAGCCGGCCUGGUUCCGACAUCUGGCCCCGACGAUGCUCACGGGAGAGCAGAACGUCAAGUUGGAGCAGAAGGUGCAGAAAUUUGACAGUAAAAGGAAACUAGAAGAAAAUUGAAGUGGAAAGAAUGAAGAGAAGAGAAGGACAAAAAUUAGAACGGAAGAACUGUGAAAAAGACAAAAAUUGGACAAAAUUAGCACAGGAAGACGAAGAAAAUCACAAGUUAGGGUGGAAAAAGAAGAAAACGAAAAGUUACAAUAGGAAGGAAGUUUAAAAAAAAGACAUAACUGCUGCUCAUAGUUUCAUCUACGGAUACUAUUGGUGCCCAUCUCCAAUCCCUUUACAAAAUACAACAAGUAGAUCGAAUCAACUGCGAGGAAAUGGUCUCAAAAUAGAGCGGCCUCUACUUUCUGACAUACACUACCGGUUCAUCAAUCAAAGAGUUUACAAUCAUUGGAAUCACAUGGAUAGAAACAUAGUAUUUGAGUAUGAAAAAAAUAAGUUCAGAUCUAAACUUGAGAAAUGGUUUGAAAACAACAUUACAGAACUAAACACUCUUGAUCCAACAAAAAUAUGAAAGCUACAUAAUCGACAUCUAAAAGAAUAACUUCAUGGUUAUUCCAAUUUACUCAAGUGGGGGGUUAACACGACCGCGAGUCCUCUUCCCUCCAUCACCACAAGUUCCGACACAUAUGUUCCCAAACUCUCCCUACAUCUAUUUCGCGAAAUUUAGUACUUGUGUGUGAGAAAUAAAACAUUUUGAUUGAUUGAUUGAAAAUGGAGAAAAGGGCAAAAAUUAGAGCUGGAAAAAAUAAUUAAAUUAAUAUGUUAGCACCGAAAAAUGAAUAUAAGAACCAACUACAAUAAAAAAAUAAAGAAAAAGGAAAAUAUUAGCGCAGGAAAACGAACAAAAAAAAAAAGUUACAGUAGGAAAAUGCAGAAAAGGACAAAACGUAGAGCUUAAAAACGAAGUUAGAACAAAAAAAUGGACACAAAUGGAGUAAUUUUUGAAAAAAACAUUGCUUCCUUUUAAAAAUAAGCUUAUAUCAAGAAGAAUUCCGUGUCUCAAAAAUGUUCCGAAAUGAAUAUCCUUUCUAUCUGUACCCUAAUUAUUUGCGUUGUUCUGACAAUAAAGAAAUAAAUAAAAUAUUUUUUCACGUUCUGUCAGAUUUUUUCAACCAAAAGCAACAAUUCUGAAAUCAACGCGGCUAUGAACUCUGUCUACGUAAAAAAAAAGUCGGAUUUUGGAAAAAUUUAAAUUUAAGUCUCAGCUUCUUUUUGGUCGUUGUUUAUUAACUUUUUCAUGGGCCAUUUUUUUUUUGUUGAAGAAUCUUCUUUUCGGCUCUUUUUCAAAAAAACUUUAAGGCCGAACAGCUGGAAAGGCUCCUGAAAGAGAGCAAAGACGUCCAGACUGACGGGCCAUUGGCUCACGGGGCUGGAACUCAGGUCGAACGGUAUGAACAGGUAAUUUUUCGAGAGUUUAUCCCGUGAAAUCUAUGAUUUUCUAGAGUAUGGCCUGUGACCCAAUGUCCAACGAUGUGCUACCAUUGCACCAGGAAACGCAGUGGUCCACGUGAGUUUGGAAAAAUGAUCCGAUCAAUGUUUGUUGGGACCAGAUUCCAAGUCUUGAGAGGGAUUUUUUUGACGCCCCCCGUUUUUUUCUUUUGCGUCGGCUAAAUCCAAGGAUGGGCGAACUUUGGCCUACCCCUAACCCCCCAUUCGCAAAGAAAAAAAUACGGCCUGUUCCAGUACAUUUUUUUGAGUAUUUUUUUCCCGCGCAAUAUAUUGGGGAAUGAUCCAGUCUACGUAUUAUUUCGAUAAGUUUUUUUCCUGUUCAGAAAUCAGAAGGUCUUUAAGAUUAUCCCAGCCAAGCCUCAUCAAAAUUUCAACCGGGGGACUAGAAAAAAUUCCAUUUUAAUGAAUUAUGAAGUCUACCUCACUUUUUGCGGGGUGUCUUUAGUUUUUUAAAUAAUAUUUUUGUCUCGAAACUGCGGAAAAGGGGCUUGAAUCUGAACCACAGUUCCGAAUUUGACAGGUCAUAUCAACUGGCUAGGAUUGGGCUACGAGUCAUUUUUGUGACACUUGUUUAAAAUUCUGUGCUUUUUUUGCUUUUCUAGCUUGUAGAGCUGUUUUUUUGAGAUUCAUUCCAGCAAAAAGGUUCAUGUUGUUUUUUAAAAAGGCAAGGCUAGCUGAUCAAGUUUUCAGUUUCACUUUCUUCAAUAUUCCUUUAGGCUUUGUUUCCAACUUUUAUGAGGUUUUUUUUUUCCACCAGAAAGGCUCUAUUUUGGAUUAGAUCGUAAAAAAGGGCGUGGCCAUCCAAUUAGAGACCUAAAACCUCUUCUAUGUCAGUCAGUAUCACCCGUUAGGCUAAUAAGUCAUUCGCGAAACGGGUGUUCUUCAGAAGCUACUGCCAAUCACAUGGUGUUUUUAAACGUUUCGGGUGAUUCCCGGGACUUAAACGGGGGACUGGGCUCUUACGUAGAACCGCUGGACUUAAACGGGGUUUAUUCGAAGCUGAAAAUUGCGUUUCGGGUGCUCGGCUGGACUUAAACGGGCGAUCGGCGGUCGCCUCAGCGGGUGUUACUGUCGAUAGCCCGUUUUUUUUGGCCAAUAAAAUAUGAGAGUAGCUCUUCAGACCCUGAAAAUAAGAACCCUACAGAACUGGGAUAUAUUUCAGUCAGAGAGUAUCCCCAUCGGUGCCGCAUUCUCCAAUCGCUCUCCACUCGGUCCAAGACGAACGCGACUCGAUCUCGGACGCGACGAGUCUUCCUCUCGACUCCGUCAGCCUCGCCGGUCGCAAGGCGUCGCAGAAACGCGUCGCCUUCUGCGAAACUUGCGCGAAACGAGGCGGCCAUGCUACCGCCGAGGAGUGCGCCCAGACCGACUUGGCCCAGUUCCAAAUCGAUGAGAUCGCCCUGAGGCUGGCUGAUUUGCAGGUGGGUUCUGGAAAUAGGAAGAUUUUGAAACUUCUAAGGUCUUGAAAAAAAUAGGCUUUGAGGUUACUUAUCAUGAGAACGUCGAAAGAGCCCUAGAAUGGAAAAAGAAAAAGUUAUUCUAUGAAAAAAAUUAUUUAUAGAUUAAUGGCAAGAAAAAGUGAACGAAUUCGAAAAACUUUAAAAAAAGAAGUUUGAUUAUGUAAAAGUUCUUUCAUAGCUAACUCGAGGAACUUUCUGAAGGAUGUGACCAAACGGAAGGCGAAAUAGCGUAUGAGAAGAAGAGGUUCAGAAAAAGUUGUACCAUGUUUCUAUAAAUUUAAAACCCCUCGAAGGUGUCCUUAAAUAAACUUUCCCAUCUCCAUUCCUCUCAAGAACAAGAUUUUGUUAUCAUAUUUUCUGGGUUUUUGAAGGGUAUAAAGCUCAAAAUGGUUUGGUUUCAGUUUAAGCGAAGUUGAAUUUAUAUUCUCAUUCAGAACUCCCGGGCUUGUAAUUCAGAAAAAAUGUCCGAAUAUCUCAUUUCUACCCUUCCAGGCCAAGAAAAUUCACCCACCACUGAUGGAACGAAGCAUGGAGACUUCAGCAAUCUUGGAUUCUUUGCUGAAUUCGGCACAACUUCAAAAAUCGGCAAAUAAUUCGGUCGAUGAUCGGAGUAUCCAAUGUGAUAGUCUACGUGUACCUCAUAGGGUCGGGUUAUUUUUCAGGAGUUCAAAAAGUUGAAAACGAAACUUUAGGACGAGGGAAUCUUGACGGAUUCGGUUGAUACAAUGAGUUGUGCAGUGGGGACGGAAAGGGAGGCCAAGGCGAUUUUGGUGGGUUUCUGGAGUGGAGAUUAAAUUCUGGGAUUUUUAAAGGCAUAGGGACAGUAAAAAAUGGGGUUUCAGGUGAAAACAGUAUCUUAUACAGUUUUUCUUUGCCAAUCGAACAGUGUACUCAAAAAAAAUUACAGAUGUGACUAAUUUUGAAGAAAAACGCGAUUUUAUUUUCCCCCCUUUAAUUUUGAAAAAUGCUUUGGAUUGGCAUACGGACAACUGUUUACAGUAGCCGUGCACGCGAUGUUGAAAAUCCAAAAAAUGGCAAAGCCUGUUGUCCAUAGAGCAACUUUACUGCAAAGCGCCCUUUUGGCGGGAACUCAAGAUUUCCUUUCUCCGAGUUUGAAUUAUAUUUUCUCCAAAACUAGGAACUUCCGUACGUUUUCAAGUUCACCGUUCGAUUCGCAAUGAAAAACUCUACAAAGUACUGCUUUGUACUGAAACACCGUUUUUUACUGCCCCUAUGCCUUUAAGAAAAAAGUGAGGAGUGGAUUUUAUCUAGCUUCGCUACUCUCGAUUUUUUUUUUUUGAUUGCCUUGAGCAAAUUCCUGAGUUUUGGGAAAAGUUCAAAGAAAAUUUUUUCGAAAUCCUAUCGAAAUAAAAUUAUCUUAUUAGUAAACGUUUUUUUUUCCGGUUGAAAUUUUGAUGAAACCUUCCCAAAGUGUUCUUCCGGACCUCCUGAUUUUUAAAACAAGAAAAAAAUUCCCAUUUUUUUCUCGAAUUAGGACGCUUCACAACCUUGAAAUAGCUCUUUUAGUAAAAGUUUCAAACCUAUAUCAAUACUCAUAUUCUCAUAUCAUUUCUAUUCAUAGCAACUUUGAAACCUAGAAAUGACGGGUGAAAUUGGAUAAUCAACAAAAUGAUCAAUGAAAUGAGAGGGAAUCAAGAUGGAAAUCUCCAUAGACGAAUUGAGAAAGGGUGUCGCGAGACCCUUUGGGGUAUAUCGAAGGGUCUGAAGUCUAACCAUGGUACCACGGGUAUACCUCUGAGGAUUUUGAGCCAAAUGCGAUGGACUUGACCCUCAAGUACCUCCGAUAGGGCUCACUAGAGAGCGUUUUUACCUUGAACUUUUGAUGAAACUUUCCUGAAUUGUACUUUAGGACCUCCUGGUUGGAAAAAAAAACGCAGGAAAUGUCUCGCAAUCAAUCUUAUUUUCGAAUUAAGACACUUCAAAAUACGGCGUUUUAAACGGGAUGGGGAGACGUCAAGAAAGUUUAGGCGCGAAACGUGAUAUCUCAAGUACGCAGCCAAAUGUAUUCGUCAUGCCGUUGAAUACUCAGUUUAAUUUGCAACGAUAGGUGAUGGUACGACAAAAUCUCAAGUCCGCAAAUUUCGAGGACCGUAAUCUUGUGUACGCAGAUCUAAAGUCCCAUAAUCUUGGAAACCAAAAUCUUGGAAAGCAAAAAUCUCCCUUUUUAGUCUUCUUUAUUGCACUUUAUCUACUUAUAUUCUCUUGUUUGGAUCACUGAAUACAAUUUCUGAUAAAAUCUAUUCGCAAAAGCGUUGAUUUUUACUUUCCAAGAUUGUGGUUUCCAAGAUUUUGGUCUCCAAGAUUAUGAGACUUUAGAUCUGCGUACACAAGAUUACGGUGCUCGAGAUUUGCGGACUUGAGAUUUUGUCGUACCAUCCGAUAGGUAGCUGUGACGUCACAGUCCUUUUAUCCGAAGCGCGCACUUACUAUUUUUUGUAAAUUCAAGAAACUUUGACGCCUCGCUCACCUUCCCUCACCCCAUUAGGAAUGCCGUGAAAAGCUUGAGACAGCUCUUUCUGUCAUAAUUUGCGUGUUUUGCAAACAUUGAAGCUUCAUAACUCGAAAACCAGAUCUAAGUUUGUAUUUCUUGUUCUGAAAUCAGGAGGUCCUAUACACUCCAGCAAGUUUUCAACAAAAUAUCAACCAAUGGAAAAAAACAUGCCCUAGUUGAAGUAAAACUGCAUUAGAAAAUCUUUUUUUUGAACUUUUGGUUUCCCUAGGAAGUUUUGACUAUCAUGCGAGUUUUACUGGUUUUGAACUCCUAUUUUACCCCCUUAUUUUUAUUACAAAUAUUUUUUUAGUGUAAUUAUACUUUUUUUCGAUUCUACACGGUUUCAUUAAUAAGCUUGGUGGAAAUUGUCUUUAAAAACCGAUUCUGAAACAUUAAAUUACACUUUUUUCGAGUAGAAAUUAAUUUUUCUCACAAAAUUUGAAAAAUUAUGACUAUCUGAUGGAAAAAAAUCAAUAGAAGAGUCUAAAUUUUGAAGUAAAAAGUUUUAAAAAACCAUAUUUUUCCAUUAGUUUGUAUGAAAUCCUUGUUGGGAUGUUUAAAAGCGCAAUUAUAUUAAGGUCUCAAGACGAAAAUCUUUUCAUAGUGUUAUUUUUAGUUAUGCUAGACCUGCGCCUUUAAACUUCUGGCAAGGAUUCAAGAAGAUAGACUAAUCAAAAACUUCUCAGGACCGUGGGAUCAACACCUCGACGCCCAGAAUGACGACGUGCGGCACGAAUCCCGACGCUCCAGUCAGCCGAAGUAGGACCUCGGCGACGUCGCCGAUCCCGCGUCAUCUGACGACGUCGAAGGCGACCAGCAUCGAUUCUUUGAGUCAACACGACGAAGCCAACCAAACCUCUCGGAAGGACCAAUGCGACGCCGGCGUCGAAACCACCGCACGUCAUCUCGUCAACCGUGACGUCAUGACCUCGCCGACCCAGGAGAAGAUCGUCGCCAAGACGACCAGAGCCUCGUCGACGUCCGAAAUGACGUCAGACCUGAAACCGGUCCUCGUCGACCGGCCGACGUCGCCUCUGGUCCCCAUGGCGACGGCGAAUCGGACGACGUCGCCGAUGGGAGUCGAGGACGACGAGAAAUCCAUCGAUGAUAGGUCCAUCCAGACCUCGAUCGCUGAUUGGUUCGGCAAGCUGAUCUCGAAAAAAGGUUUGGAAAAUGAAAAUAGCUUUCUGAAUGGUUAUUUUGUGAUUUGAAAUGAAAAUGGCCUGUAGUUUUAUUCAUUUGCGCUCUAUAGAGAAAAGGAAGAAGUAGGAACUUGAACAUGGUAGUUGGAAAAAUGUCCAGUGGUCACUUAAGAGGGUCCUCGAGGACUACUUGGAGAGAACACUAAAGGGGCCACUAUUUUGCGUUUUAGUGACCGCUAUAGUGGUUUUUAGUGGCACAGUAGUACUUCUUAGACUUUCAUAGAGGCCACUAAUUUUAAGCCACUUAGGUGGCCACUUGUUCGACCACUUUAAUGGCCACUCAAACGACAAAACUUUAAAGUGGACACUAAAAAUUUUUCCAGUAAUUAUUCAAAGUAAGCUUAAAAUGUUCAGCAAGUGCGCUCCAUUGAGAAAGUUGAGAAGUGAUUCUUUUUACAAGAAAAUUGAGAGGAAAAAGUAGAAAAAUUAGCUCAAAAUGAUCACCUGGGACGUUUACGCUUAAAUUUUUUUUUGUGAAAAAAAAUUGAGCUUUUUUUUCAAAAACUACUCGUUUCAGACGAGACCCAACAGACGUCGCUGAGCGAAGACGUCAAAAAGUUGAGCAAGAAGAAAAAAGACGAGAAGAAGAAGAAAAUGAAGAAAAUGGGCGAGGCGACGACGUCAUCCUCAUCUGACGUCGCUUCUGAAGCCGCGUCAAGGAAAGAUGACGUCAAAGCGAAGAAAGAUGACGCGAUUCCGUUGGUCAUGACCGAGAGUGUUGAGAUUAGGUGAUUCCGAGAGACAAAGAGGAUUCCUAUUUGAAAAAGCCAUGCUCUAGAGUGGAAUGACGGUUUUUUCAAAGUGCGACCGACUUGAAAUGACUUGCGCAAUAGUAUUAGGAAUUUUUUUGUUCAAGAUAGAUGGCCUUUUCGGGAUUUUUCUGCGCUCUCCUCGUCUCACGUGCUAUUUUCAUAUUUCUCUGACCUCGUCGGUGAGGGAACAGAGAGACGCAGACGCUCUAAAACUUACAAUUUACGCGGAAAGACUACUCGGAGCUUGGUAACGACGUGUCGGAGCAUUCCUAGGGACCACUAUAGUAGUCAGCACCCUUAAGGGAUCCCUAGAAUUGCUCCGAUUUCGUUACCGAGGUCCGAGUACAUAGCUGAUCCACUACUGACUGGAGUCAUCGAAACAAGGGUCCCGACACGAAAAAAGAAAUAGUGCUUGACUAGUGGAGAGCGCAGACAGGUCACGCCCCUUAGCCUCACAAGCAAGCCUCAAAUCGGCUAUAGCCAUUCCAAGUGCGACCAGUAUAUUUUAAAUAGUAACGAAUGGACUAUAUUAUUGUAUUCAAUUUCAGCACUCAAUAUUCGCCGCCCCUCGGUGCCCGUGACUAUUUAUUGAGCUCCCGGGGCGCUUCUGAACCGUAAGAACUUGAUUUCAACCCUGAAACAUUGUUCAAUUUGAGCCAUCGAGCUAGGUCCAGCUCAACGUCGGGCAUCGGAAAUAGCGUGUUUGAAGAGGAGGCGCGACAGGUAUGUAGUGAACAGAAAGGAGAAAAAAAAAGAGAUUUUGUUUCCUGUAGUUUGAGGUCAUACGAAUAAAACAAAAAAGUGAGAAUUUUUUUCUAUUUCGGACUUAAAAGUGACCCAGCUCUGUGCGUUUCGCGAAUUUCUCGAUGAAUCUAAUAUUUUAAAACCCAGCGGAAAAUCUGAACGAAAAACUGCUUUCCGAGAUUUGAAAAAGGCAAAAAUAGGUUUUUCAACCUCUUGGACUAGUCCGAUUAAAGGCCAGAAAAAGUCAUUUAAUUCUGCUCCUUUUUUUGAAAUUCCGAGUCAAAUUUUUACUUUUUUACAUACACAUGCUCUAGGGGAACAGUGGAUCAGAAAAUUCAGUGAAAAAGACAAAAAUAAAGUGUUUUUUUUUUCCGUUUUUCAAGAAGGACUACAAAAUAGUCCAAUUUUCGGUCUGAAAAAUUUUCAAAGUUUUUUCUAAACUUUUCUAUUCCGACAAGAGAGUCAUAUUCCCGUUUUCCCGAUUGUUUUCUAGACAAGAAAAAAUACUCAAAGCUCGGCGAAAUUGGUUUUGAAAAAAAUGAGAAUUUGAGAUUUGAAUUGGAGUUCCUGAUCGACUUCUGAAUGAGACUAGGUUCAUUUGAGGCAGUUUUUCACGUUGAUUCUAAAUUUGGUCUUAGAAAUUGUCAUGGACGUCCGUGAAUAAAGUUAGGAGCACUCAAAUGUGAAAGGUUUUGAGAACUUAAUUUUUCGGGGGGCUAUUGAAAAAAAUUCAAAUAAUUUACUUUCUCGAAUCUUCUCCGUUAUGAAAUUCUUUUUUUAGUUAUGUUUCAGAUCAAAACUCCGAGUUCUGUUCUAUGUUUUUCGAUUUCCUGUACAUCUUUCUAGAAAAAAAAGUCGAAAAAAACCCGUUUUUUCUAGGAAGUAAUCGUUCAAACCGACGACUCGUACUUGAAAAUCGCCCGACGGUUGGACGAGUACAGGAAUAAUCGGACCCAAUUCCUUCCCGUCUGUGCUGCAUCUCCGCUGGACUCCAAAGAAGUCGAACCCUUCAAGUUCGUCAUUUUGAGUGGUCCCUAUAGGGGUUAGGAGAAGAAACAGUUCCUAUAGGGGUCAAAAAAUGCUUCCUAGAUAGGGUAUGCCUAAAGGCAUAUAGGGUCUCACCCCUAAACCCCUAAAGCUCAAGUGGUCCCUAUAGGGGUUGGCAAAGUAGUCCCUAAUAGGAACCCUUCAAGAACCUUCAAGGUUGCCCCUAUAGGGGCCACUCUCGAGCUCCUACGUAGUAACCUGAUUGUAUAAUUUUUUUCAUGAAUCAUCGUUAAAAUUUUUAAAAGCUUCGACUCUAAGGCUUCAAUUUUUUUAUAAUAAUGUCGAAAAUUCAUGGAAUCGAAGCCAAAAUCACCAAAAAGUUAUAGAAUUCGUGAUAAUCCUAAUUUUUGAUCAAAUUGGUAUUUCUCCUGAUUCAGUUUUUUUGAAAAAAAUCAACGGAUUUUUGAAAAAAAAUGAUCGAAAAAAAGUCGAUUUGCUCUGCUAAAUUUCCCAGGAUUUUAUGAAUUUUUUCUUUUUUUUAUGGGCACAAUUUCUGUCAGAGAAGAUCAAAAAAAUUGAUUUUUUUAUAGGUCAACUUUGAUUUUUCUCGUCAAGUUAACUUUCAAUUGGUUUUUUAUUAAUUUUUCUGGUUUUCUAGUUUUUUUCACCUUCAAAUUUUGUAUAUGCUCUGUUCAGAUUUUAAAUGUUAGGUCAUCUCUCAAGCUCCGCCCCUAAUGGCCUAAUAAACCAAUCAGAGAGCGAGCCAUCUACAGAGCGUUGUUAAGGGCGGAGUUUGCUACUUGACAUCAAAAAUCUGGAAAGACUCUAUGUUCUGCUCAGAUUUUGAAUGUUAAGUAAUCCCUCAAGCUCCGCCCCUAAUGGCAGAAUAAACCAAUCAGAGAGCGAGCCAUCCACAGAGCUUUUUCGAAUAAAUCCAUUGUACUUGACGUUCACAAUCUGAACAGCCCUUAGCUUUUCAAAGCAAUUAUUUCUUGUAAGAAACCAUUUUUAUCAAUCAUUUAAGAUCGGAUCGACCUUCGGAACGUCGGGGAUUCUACUGGGAUCCGAUGCUUAACCGAAGAAGAAGUUUGAGCAAACGACUCAAGAAAAUGCGCAACGGGGAUAUGAAGUUUGAAACUCUUCAUUCAAGAAAAAAAAAACAUGAUUUUCAGUAGUUCCGCUUCACAGACCGGCCAAUCGAUGGACGCCGAAAUGCUCCAGGAAGCCCUGAAUCCGGUUUUUUUCUGCAUGAUUUUUUUAUUAAAUUUUUGAGAUUUUUUUCGGUCUUUGAAAAAAAGAUUUCCCUAAGUCAGGACAGACAAAUCUGACAAAAAUAGACGAUUUCAAACCUUUAGCCUUGAAAAAAAUCCAUUUUUUUAAUUGUUUCAUUCUGAAAAUGUUUAAUUUUCCCGCUUUUCCAGAAGUUUCAACGACGGCCACCAAGUCGUAAGCCAUAAUUUGUUUUGAAAAUAGUUUUUAGUUGCUUUUUUUUAGCUUCUCCUUGGUUCUUUGCAUGCGCAAGCUUUUUUAGUUGCUUUUCGAUUUUUUUCAUUUUCAAAAAAAUAUCUCAAUUCAGAGAUCCGAGAAGAGUCGGUCGAUUUCUCCGCCGGCGAGAACUAGGGGAGUUCUGACCCGAAAAGGAUCGCUACCUGUUGGGAUCUCACGUGGAAAGGUAUAGGAUGUCCAAAAAAGUAUCCAUCUGCGCUUUAAAGGCAUAGGGGCAGUAAAAAAUGGGUUUUCAGGUGAAAGCAGUAUCUUAUACAGUUUUUCUUUGCGAAUCGAAUGGUGUACUCAAAAAAAUUACAAAUGUGACAACUUUAGAAGAAAAACGCGAUUUUACUUUCCCGCCUUUAAUUUUGAAAAAAGCUUUGGAUCGGCCUACGGACAAAUGUUUACAGUAGCCGAGAACGCGAUGUUGCGGACGUCUCAUUAGACUCGCAUUUUGGGAGAAAUAACCGGCUAUCUGCUUCGAAUUAAGGGUUCUUUCUCUGAGAAAACGAUUAAGAAAACAGGAAACACUCAUUGAUAAUAAAGAAAACACAAAUAAUCGCGAUCCCAAUCGAAACCUGGGUAAAAUCAUCAUUUUUCACGAAAAACGCUUUUUUGCGAUCAAAGUUCGCAAAUUAUACAUGAAUAGAAAGCUUUUGUGACGAAAAGAACUUUGGUGACAACAGAAAAAAUUGAAAAUUGAAAGAAACGAAGAAAAAAGCGAAAAUCCGGAAGAUGGCGAAGCCUGUUGUCCAUAGAGCAACUUUACUGCAAAGCGCCCUUUUCGCGGGAACUCAAACGUUCCUCUCUCCGACUUUGAAUUAUUUUUUCUCCAAAACUAGGAACUUCUGUACGUUUCCAAAUUCACCGUUCGAUUCGCAAUGAAAAACUCUACAAAGUACUGCUUUGAACUGAAACACCGUUUUUUACUGCCCCUAUGUCUUUAAAGUUGCUCCAAAGCGACUGUAGUACCUUCCGGGCAAGACCGUCACGUUUUAAUAGAACAUCAGAAAAAAUAGGUACCGUGAGAACAGCUUUUUCGCACUUUGGUUGACCAAAUUAUAAAAAAACACAGCAAAAAACAACUCCGGAAGUUUCCGAGCAUAUCUAGGGAUCACUUAAGAGUUCUGACACUACUAAAGGGGUCACUAACACGUCCGAUGCGCGUUACCGAAGUCUGAGAAGAGUCUUGAAGCGGAGUACUGGGAAAAUUUUUAGGAGCCACUAUAAAUGCCGAGGACUACUUGGAGAGGACACUAAAGUGGCCACUAAACCCACCUCUAUAGUGGCCACUAUUUUCCGUUUUAGUGGCCACUUCAGUAGUUUUUCAUCCAGUUUUCCUUCCAGUGACUCUGAUAAUUUUAAAACAAACAAAUUGGACCAGUUAUGUUGAUCCAUUGUCCCCUAAAGUGGCCCCUAGAACUUUGAGUGGUCUAGUAGUAGCAUUCAGACCUCUAUAGUGGGCACUAAUUUUUAAUUUUAAAAAAAUUUUUAACCCCUCAAGUGGCCACUAAUUUGGCUACUAUAGUGGCCACUAAAACGUCAGAACCCUAUAGUGGCCACUUAAAAUUUUCCCAAUAAGGCUAAAUUUGAUCCAAUUACGGUAUUUUUGGGAGACGGAAAAUGAUAAGCUCGCCCGGAGUGGGCUAUACUAUUGUUUUCUCAGACUUUGAAUGUCAAGUCGUCGCUCAAGCUCCGCCCCCUAAUGGCGCGAUAAACCAAUAAGAGAGCUAACCAUCCACAAAGCCUUUUUUGGGUGACGUCAUUGAACUUGUAUUUCGAAUUUUGACCCAAACCGCGCGUUUCGAUUUCCCGGAAAUUGUCCUGUUGGACUUCGGUAGUAUAGUCUGUGUGCCAAGAGUUGAAAUUUUGCCGAACGACAUUCCGCUGUUCCGCUGCGUGCGUUCGCGAAGCGUCUUUCGAAUCUAGGUCGCGCUUUCAAUUGAUUGUUAUUGCUGUGGGAGCACAGGAAAGUAGAGUACCUUGAUGAAAGAAAAAAAAAAUUAAAGGCGCACAGCGGAAUGUCGUUUGGAGAAAAUCCAGGUCGUGGUACACAGGUUGUAAGAUUGCCUAAAAUUCUUUAAAUGUCUAUUUCCUACAACUCUUUUCAAUUCCAGGUUAGUGACUACGUCUCGAAACACGAGCGAGGCAUCCACAAUCCGGCGACGAAUCGUCCCCGACCCGUCCAAAUCAUCCGCCAGUACUCGGUCGACGAUUCUGUCGUUUCUCCGGCUCUUUCUUGA